UGUUGAAGAUAGCGGGCCAUAAUUACGUCACGCCGCCGCUGCCUUUUCUUCGUUAGGCGCAAAGUUGAAAUUUGACAAGGCAUUCUGAGACGGUGCGCGAAACACUAGAGGGAAAAAAACGACAUACGCUUACUAUCUUUAAAGAACUGUUAGCGAAUAGCCUUCACGUGCCGUAAGGAGUCAUGUUCUACAUUGAUUCCCAUUGAAGCAGCGUGAAUUUUUUCAGACAGUCUUGUCAAAACGCUGCCUGGCACGUUGGCCAGCACAACGACAGCCGCGCAACGAGAGGAAGCAGAUAAUUUAUGAUACAUUCUUGAUUUUUGUCGGUGUUACGGUCUAUUUUUAAUAUAUAUAAGUAUUCCAGUGUGGCUCGUUUGGUAUUCGCUAUAGAUCUGGUAUUCUAAAUAAUGAAAUGACGAGGAUAUGUUAUAUAAGGCGAAUAGCGGAGAUGAAACCAUACAGAAUUUAACGUCAGAAAGAAACGCAUACUUGCCUACUGUUCUUUAUGGCACUUGUCAAUUUAUAAUUUGAAUAGGGCGGAAGCUAUACAUAUAAUUUUGACUAAUGUUGUGAUACGAUAGUAAUUUUUGAGAUCACAUUUAUAAUUUAAACCUGCGUGGUUGAUAGCUGGACGUCUACAUGCUGAUCGACCCGGUAUUUUGUACAUUUGAUUUAGCUAGGCGGCUAAUAAUCUUGCUAGCACUGAUGAUGAGAUAGCUUAGCUAUCCAUCGGCUUUGUGAAGGGGAAUUAACCAAAUCUAAGUCAAUUUUCAUGGACCAGAUUAAUUGCAAUACCGCAUUUGUUAUUGGCCAUUAGAUCAAUACGUUUUGCAGUUCAGCAGAGAUAUUUGGUUUGAUUUUUGAAGGCCUUACUCUCAGUAAUAAAGCUGUCUUGUACAGUAUGCGACAUGGGCCCGUGUCUUAAAUUAGAAAAUAAAGAAUUAGGCUACUUGAGAGGUUAAGCCGCUUACAGUUUUUCUAGCGUUUUUAGGCUAGCCAGCUUGCUCUGUAGCUUCGCGUAAGGAGAAUACGCGGUCUCUGUCCUAAUUGGGAUCAGUUUUCCAGCCGUUCUCCGUUCUCCCCCACAAUGGAUAGUCGUACCGGGGAUGACAGCAUGAGCGACGGGGCCGUAGAAGUGGAGCCCAUGCCUGGCUAUGUGGACUUCAUCACGAAAGCUUCUACCGUUAUGUACGGUGCGUUUAGAGACUGUAACACGUGCGGACUGGAGCUCUCCAAAAAUACACUCCUGGAUAACGCAUAUAUUACGUGGACCGAAAUUGGCCUGUUCUUCUUAUGCGCCGUUAUGUGGACGCAGAUUCGACGGGGACUGACAGAAUGUCUGUUCAAGCCUUUCGGAGAGCGGUGCAGCCUGCAGCCCAGAGAUACAGCCAAGAUGCCAGAGAGUGCGUGGAAGCUGGUCUUCUACUCCAUGUCCUGGUCCUACAGCACCUACCUGCUGUUCUUCUCAGACUACACCUUCUUCCACAACCCCCCCUCUGUCUUCUACGACUGGAAGAGUGGCAUGACGGUGCCGGUGGACAUCGCCAUCGCCUACCUGAUCCAGGGCAGUUUCUAUGGACACUCCAUCUACGCCACGGUCUACAUGGACGCCUGGAGGAAAGACUCCACCGUCAUGGUGGUUCACCACGUCAUCACCCUGGCCCUCAUCACCUUCUCAUACGCCUUCAGAUACCACAACGUGGGGGUGCUGGUCCUGUUCCUCCACGACAUCAACGACAUCCAGCUGGAGUUCACCAAGCUGAACGUGUACUUCAAGACGCGGGGGGGAGGGUACUACCUGGUGCACGACAUCCUGUCCAACAUGGGCUCUGUCAGCUUCAGCAUCACCUGGUUCUGGUUCCGGCUCUACUGGUUCCCCCUCAAGGUUCUCUACGCCACCUGCGUCCACAGUCUACAGUCCGUGCCCAACAUUCCCUUCUACUUCUUCUUCAACUGUCUCCUCCUCUCCCUGCUGCUGAUGAACGUGUACUGGUUCCUGUACAUCGUGCUGUUCGUGGUGAAGGUGCUGACAGGCCAGAUGACGGAGGUGAACGACGUGAGGGAGUACGAGGACGAGGAGAGCGCCCAGCGAGCAGCUGCCAUCGCGGCCAGGGCCUCCGCCCUGCUCAACGGGGCGCCCGAGGAUGACGAUGCUGGACAUCGCAUCUCUGCCCAGGGGAAACACGUGCAGAAUGGGGUCACCAAGGAGAAGCAUCUAUAACGACCUCCCAGCUGCCCCCUACUGGCGCCUCACCAUGAACGCAGCAACACCGGUUUCACUAGCUUGUUCCACACUCGGUUCCAGGUGACAAGGGGGCCGUACCAGGGCCACAAACAAGCUGACGCAAACAAGCUAACACAAACAAGCUAACACAUCACCAUGGUGACGUGUUUGUCACCUUGUUUUCAUUCUCAUCCUCGGUCGGUUCGUGUGUUUUUUUAAACGUUUUUAUUUGGUUCGAGUUCAGCACUGUGAAUGUUCUUUUUAGGCGACCUAGGUCUAGUAUCAACAUUAACGUUUCACAGGAAAACAGUUUGUCCGCGCCAACGUCCUAGGGUAGGCUUGUAAGACGUGUCACCACCAUAACAGCCCUCUCACGGACUGACAAACACAGACAGACAGACACACACAGACAGACACACAGACAGACAGACAGACAGACACACACACAUACAUACAUACAUACAUACAUACAUACAUACAUACAUACAUACAUACAUACAGACAGACACACACACACACACACACACAGACAGACACACACACACACACACACACACACACACACACACACACACACACACACACAGACAGACAGACACACAUACAUACACACACACAGACAGACACAGACAAACAUUGAUUCUGUAGACAUACAGGGCCAGACCACGAUAGGAAACUUGAACAUGCUGGAAUAGAACGUGUUUGUAGUCACUUGCCACUGUCUCCAUAGGGACCAGGGACCUGAACUGGAUUCAGGAACCUCUGUCCUCUACAGCCUAAUAUGGGCGCUGUUUCCUCCCUUGCGCUCUAGAUCGUGCGACCUAAAGAGUAGGACUCUGAUCAGGAAGUGACGUAUAAUUACCCUUAACGUCCACCGGGGGGGGCGUGAGGGGGCACAGGAAUGUGCAGGGGAAUGGUCUCGUUUUCACAACAUGGAUUGACUUUCAUAUCAUUGCAAAGAUCGAUAGCAAUCUCACUUGACAUCCCUCCUUCCAUCCUUCAUUCCUUCCUUCCUUCCAUCCCUUCCUCCAGCCUAGCCGGCCUGACCUGCGUCUUGUUGACAGCCUCGUCGAUGUAGGGGGUUGAUGCGUUUUGUAAAUGUGAAGGACUGUGGUGUUAAGGGAAACGUUUCGCUUUUCUUUUUGGUCCUCUCACCUUUGUUUUUACUUUUUUUUAUUAGAUUUAUUAUUAUCUUUGCUGUUGAUACGUAGGCAUUGGAAAAAUUUGCUCGCAUUCCUGUAUGGAAAAUAACGCUGUCACAAUAUCUGUUUGUAUAGCAUCUGUUGUUGCACUGAUAUGAUAGCAGACAAGCUGACUGCUGGUUUAAUGACAGCAUAUAGCUGAAAUUGAUUGACUGGGUUGUCUAUCAUCCUUAUUGAUUAUGUUGAAAAACACAUGGAAUUGACUGAAAACCAAUAUGGGGGUUUUAAGGUUUAGUGAUCAUGUGAGAAAAUGGCCCUUAAGUUGUGUAAAGAUAAAAAUCCAAUAAGGUUAAAAGAAAACAUAUAUAUGCACAUAAUGGUAUUCAGGAAUGCAUGACAUUGGAAUGGUUUUGGACUUAUGCUAUGAAGCCGUCUUAAAAACACAAAAGAAGAAAACAAAAAUUAUACUAUUAGCUACGUAAUCUUAACUUCUGUCAGCGUGCUGAACUCAUCUUCAAAGGGAACUACUCAUUCACACUGCUGCCACGCGCAAGUAUGCUCACACACACACACACACACACACACAGUCACACACAUGAAUACUCAUACACACAUGCCCUACACAUCUAAGUGUACACACACACACACUCAGUCCAUUCCUGACUGCCCAUCCUUCUCCUCACUGCAUUACAAUGUGCUCCUCAUGGAUGCGUGUGUGUGUGAGAGAGCGGCAGCACUCCAGUCAUUUUUUGCUGGUCAAAAGGGGUGCAGACCUUCCUUCUCGAUCAAAUUCAAGCUCUUGUGAUGAAGAACAGCAUGCUUGUGCUUGAACAGGCCACAGAUGUUGUCCACGCUCGCUCACUUGUCGCCCGCUCGGCGAUCGGGAGUCCUUGUUAGUCCGAGGACGUGCUUCCAACACUCUCCUGCUAACUGGCUAGCAACCACAAAGCCGGGGACGUAACUAGCUUCGAUUUUUCAUUAGACAUUAUUGUUGUUGUUAUUAUUAUUGAUAUUAUCAUCAUCAUCGUUUUUUUUUGUUUUUUUUUUUGGAAUUGCUGCUGUUUCUGAGAACACUGUUUGUAGACGGAUUAUGAUAUGUAUAUUCCUUCCCUCCGUGUGUGGGUGAAACCGGGGUCAGGCUGUUUCCAGAACAGUUGGGGCGCACUUGAUUUAGAUCAGACAGGACAAUAAAACCAACAAAUCCGUCUCUGAAGGGUAAAUCAAGCGCAUCCCAACUUGUUUCAGACGGCAGACCCAAGUGUGAUGUAAGUGGUUAGUAACCGUAUGUAAAGACACGGAAGACCGCAGAAGUAGAUCGAAGACCACACGGAUCGUAGCCUAACCCCUCCGAUGGGUCAGAAGAGCCCUGAUUUUUUAAUUCCCCAUUAUUACUUCUUUACACAUCUCAUCUGAAUAUUACUGAUUUCAUGUGGCAGGGGAUGGUGUCAGCUAUCCAGUAAUGUUCUAUCAGACAAUACAUCAAUAACCAACAGGAGGGUGUUUUGGAGUUUCCUGAUGUGGCUGUUUUGUCAAAACAUUUCACACACCCCAAGCUCUGCCCUAAGUGGAGUGAACUUUGACCUUUUCCUUGCUAAAAUGUGUGUUGUGGGAUCAUAUGCUGGUCAUGUUGUCAAAAAAACUUUGUCUUCAAUUGAGUCUUCCCUUCUGAAGAACAACUCCCCAACACAAGGUAGUUCUGAUGGAGGUUGUUGCGAUGCGUGUGGUCUCCAGGUUGCUAUGGUAGCGUCCAUGAAAGUGCGCGUGUGAGUUCUAUCCAUCUCUGCCCCGCUGUCUCCCAGUCUGUCUCUACGCAGACAACAUGCACAUUGGAAAUGUGAGGUGAAACUACUCACACCAAAUUAAACAGUUAAACUCCCGCUUGAGAAAUUAUGUUUUUUUUGUUGUUCUUGUUUGAACGGGGAAAAUAACACUGAAAUUGUGUAAUAAUAGUUAGUAGUUAUCGAGCUUUCUUGCGAUACAGAUUUGGCAGUUCUUUUCUUCAGCAUUGAAUACAAACGUACUUUAUGUCGACUUGAUGAGGUUUAAAAAAAAAAGGAAAAAAAGAAAGUGGAAACAUGCUGAGAGGAAGUACGACGCUAUGCAUUUCCUGUUUGGUAGUGUGUAUUUAAUGCUUUGAGAAUGUGCCAAAAUGUUGACCAAAUCACCAAGAAGUGUUCUGGAACCUACAUGGUGAUAGACUAGUGAGGGAGGGAGAGGUAGUAAUUAAGGGGCACGGGCCCUGCAGGUAUUUCUGACAAAUUGCACUGUAAUUUAUUACUAUUAUUUUUAUUGUUCUUGAGUAAAAACUAGGAAAUAAGGGAGAAUUUGGGAAAUGGGGAUUUUUAUGAAUUUCUGGAAGUGAAGAAUCAAAUUAAGUAUGACGUGAAUCUUUUUAAUUCGAAAGUUGUAUUUGAAGAAUCAUGUUUUGUUGGACCACUGACAUUGUUGUUAGGUCUACCAUUGCCCCACUGGUCUCACGAUAAGAGUUUCAAUCAGACCGCUUUCUAAACCGGACCACCAGAUAACCACAGGUACUUUGCCCUUUUUGUAAUACAAUUUUAGUAAUUUCAUUCAACCAGUGUUAUCAUGUUUUUUUUUCCCAUAAAAUAAAACAUGUAAAUUGCAAAAGAAA